AUAUAUUGUUAUAAUAAAUUAUCACUAAUUGUAUAAAAUAUAACUUUACAAGUCAACAUGAGAGGAAUAGGUUGGAAUUUAGAUAGACAAACUAAAAUUAAGAUCUUAUAAGAUAGAGCUUACAAAUAUAAUGACGAGUUUGAUGAGCUUGAAUCUUAAGGUUAAGACCCUGACCAAAUUAGAGUUAAUCUCUUGCAAAAAGAAUAUUAAAAAAGACAUGAAAAUGAAGUUAAGCGUACUUUACCAUUUGAUGAAACAUAAAAAGUAAUCAGUGUUAAUGGAGCUACUGAUUUAGGAUUUGAUUAAGCACAUAAAACAAAAUCUGCAACAAAAUAAAUGUAUGAAACAAUGGAGCAAAAAAUUAUUAAGAGAAAAGAGAAUAGAUUAUUGGGCAAAAAAAAUUCAGAUUCAGAUUUGGCUGAGAAAUAUAAGUAAUAAGAUGAAUAGAUGAAAAAGAAAAUUUAUUAAGACCAUCUAAAUGAACUCUUCUCAAAUGAUUAUAAAAAAGUUAAAGAUCUUUCUAACUAUUAACAAAACUUCUAGUUUACUUAGGAUAUGUAAAAUGAUUGUGAUAAUUAGAACUUUGAUCAUCAUUAACGUAAAAAUGAUUUAAAGUGGUAUUAAGAAGCAUAUAUCAAAUAUAAAUCCACAAUGCGUAAAUGA